AUGUUGCAUGCCCUCUCAAACUCUCACCGUCGGGAUUUCUCAGUGCCACGAACAUCAUCCGCCAACGACCGUCGAUACGCCGACAUCAAGAUGGUCAACCUUACCACCCAGAAGCGCCUCGCCGCCUCCGUGGUCGGCUGCGGCAAGCGCAAGAUCUGGCUCGACCCCAACGAGAUGAGCGAGAUCUCCAACGCCAACUCCCGCCAGACUAUCCGCAAGCUCGUCAGCGAUGGCCUGAUCAUCCGCAAGCCCGUCACCAUGCACUCCCGUGCUCGCGCUCGUGAGCUCAACGAGGCCCGCCGUAUCGGUCGUCACCGUGGUCUCGGUAAGCGCAAGGGUACCAAGGACGCCCGUAUGCCCAGCCAGGUCCUCUGGAUGCGCCGCAUGCGUGUUCUCCGUCGUCUGCUCGUCCGCUACCGUGCCGCCGGCAAGAUCGACAAGCACCUCUACCACGAGCUCUACCACCUGAGCAAGGGUAACACCUUCAAGCACAAGCGUGCCCUCGUUGAGCACGACAUCCAGACUGACUUGUUCUUUUCCUCGCAACAGAUCCAGAAGGCUAAGGCUGAGCGUGCGCGUGACCGUGUCCUCCGCGAGGAGAUGGACGCUAAGCGUGCCAAGAACAAGGCUCUCCGUGAGCGCCGGUUGGAGCGCAAGGAGGCUAAGCGCGAUGCUCUGAUCAACGAGACUCAGGAGUAA